UCUGGUUACUCAUAACGAAGUGCCGCAGGACGGGAAAUUGUGUGUCUACGUGUUGAGCGCCGCGAGGCGAAGCCGAUUUUUUAAUCCACGACCGUUCAAAUUAUAAUGGCAGACUCUGACGACGAGUACGACAGAAAACGGAGGGACAAAUUCAGGGGCGAGAGAACAGAGUCGUACUCCAGAGAAGGAAGACGCGGUGAUGAUCGUCGCCGAGAUGAGUGGGUCGACAGGGAAUGGUCGAGUCGUCCGAGAGCGAGGCCUGAGUACCGAGAGUAUCGAGGUGGUGGCGGAGGCGGAGGUCGGGAACGAUACAGCCCAGCUCGAUCUCAGGAAAUGGCUCCGCCGAUGAAGCGGAUGCGGGCUGACUGGGAGGACCGUCCGCGUUACGGAGGCCACGAUUAUUACGGCGGCGGAACUUCCUGGGGUCCAGAUCAUUACGCGCCGGCGCACCAUAGCAACCAUCACUAUGGCAACCAUUCAAACAACAACAGUCGCGAAGUUGCCGGAAACUUCAGUAAUUCGAAUGUGGAGACGCAGCCGCCGAUGAUGUCGUUCAAGGCGUUUCUUGGUACGCAAGAAGACUCAAUUACAGAUGAGGAAGCGAUAAAACGUUACAACGAGUACAAACUGGAGUUCAGGCGGCAGCAACUCAACGAAUUCUUUGUUGCUCACAAGGACGAAGAGUGGUUCAAGAUAAAAUACCACCCUGAAGAAUCUGUCAAGCGGAAAGAUGAACAAAUAUCUGCGCUCAAGAAACGCGUCGAAGUGUUUUUGGAGAUGCUUCGGCUAGGCGAAAUAGACAAAGUCUCUGUCGAUGCUGACCAAGCAGACGCGUUGCUCCACCUUUUGGACGCGGUCGUUAUUAAACUGGAAGGCGGAACCGAAGAAGACCUCAAAGUUCUUGACGCCAAACCGCCGAAUCCUCCCACGCCGAAAGAAACUACUCCCGCACCUAAGGAGAAGGAAGUUAAAGAACAAAAAGUUGACCAAGAGCCGGAAAAGGAGCCUGAAAAAGCGGAAGAUGAUAACAAAUCUGAGAAACCAGCAGAUGCUGAAAAACCAAAUGAAAGCAAUGAAGCGAACGGUGAAAUUGAAAUGGAAAAUGAAGAAAAAGAGGAGAAGAAAGACGAACUGGAGAAAUUAGCUGAGAAUUCUGAGGCCAAAGAAGUCGAGGUUCAAGAGGUUCAAACUCCGGAUGAAAAAGAGGAAAAAUCUGAGGAACCAAACUCCAAGAAGCGAAAACGUUCGGACAGUAAUAGCAGUAGUAGCAGCAGCAGCAGUUCGAGCAGCCUUUCUGACAGCGACAGCAAUAAGCCAGACACUCCAAAAACUGAUGCUCAACCUGAAGAAAAAUCUGGGGACAAAGACGAGGAAGAGAAAACUGAAAACAAAGAUGAUGAGAAAGCCGACGAAAGCAAAGACAAAGAAGAGGGCGAGGAAGAAACGAGCAAGGAUGCCAACGAACCUGAAACUGUUAUCGAUUUAGCUACCGAGGAGAAAGACAGAGAACCAAGAGCACUCCACAAAACUAGUAGCAUAUUUCUCAGGAAUUUAGCGCCAACUAUUACUAAAGCUGAAGUCGAGGCGAUGUGCAAACGGUUCCCUGGCUUUCUGCGAGUCGCUAUCGCCGAUCCUCAACCAGAGAGACGCUGGUUCCGCCGAGGAUGGGUGUCUUUCGAGCGUCAAGUUAACAUAAAAGAGAUCUGCUGGAGCCUGAAUAAUAUAAGACUUCGAGACUGUGAACUAGGUGCAAUUGUUAAUCGGGAUCUUUCUCGGCGUAUUCGAACGGUCAAUGGACUUACUUCGCACAAACAAAUCGUCAGACACGACAUAAAACUCAGUGCGAAAAUCGUCCACAAUUUAGACAACAGAAUAGGACUUUGGAACGAGGAUAAGAAAGAUGGAAAUGCUUCGAAAGAGGGCGUUGAUGGCAAGGAUAGCAGAACCUCCAACGAAGUGGAACAAGCUGCAUUUGGACUCUCUUCGAAAAAUCCGGUCCUGAAGAAUAUAACGGAUUAUUUGAUAGAGGAAGCAUCAGCCGAGGAGGAAGAACUUCUCGGUAUGUCAGGAGACCAAGAGGAAGGACAAGUUGGCGGCGAUGGCGAUGGUCCCAUAGAACGUGACCCGCUGCUUAUAAAGGUUCUGGACAGACUGGUUCUCUACCUGCGUAUAGUGCAUUCCGUGGAUUACUACAACCACUGUGAAUAUCCGAACGAAGACGAGAUGCCGAACAGAUGUGGUAUAAUGCACGUCAGAGGAUCUCCGCCAACCGCCAAAGUAUCUGCGACUGAACUUUCCGAGUAUUGUCGUAAUUUUGAGAGCAAGAUGUCCGUAUUUCUGACACCCAUGGCAACAACUACCUCCGAUGAAUUCGACAAACUUGGCGCUAAAAAUUCUGAAGCUGAGGUGGAAAAGUUCGUACAAGCGAACACGCAAGAGCUUUCGAAAGACAAAUGGCUUUGUCCUUUGAGCGGGAAAAAGUUCAAGGGGCCGGAUUUCAUCAGAAAACAUAUUUUCAACAAGCAUGGCGAGAAGGUAGCAGAGGUAAAAGCUGAGGCCGAGUAUUUCAACAAUUAUUUGAAGGAUCCGAAGCGUCCUCAGCUCUCUGAACAUCCGGGUAACAAAGCGCCUGUUAGAGAAGGACCUCGUGAUGGAUUUUCACCUUACGGUGGCGCAGUUAGAUUUGGGGGAUAUGGCGGAGGUUACGGCGGACGUGGCGGCGGUUACGGUUCUGGAUAUGGCGGAGGUGGUGGUGGAUUUAGCGGUGGAUUCGGAAUGCCGCGUCCCAAUCGUGGGGGAUUCAAUCGAGGACGGGCUGCUCCAGACUCGACGUCAAGGCCUGUUAUUAGUUAUAACGACUUGGACCAGCCUGACAUGGACAUUUUUUAAGUUUUAUAUAUCCCAACCUGAUUCAUUUUUCUCCGUUGCUAUCUCUCUCUCCCUCUCCUUCUGUUUCUUGUUCUUUUUUCCCCCCCUAUUUGUGAAUUAUUAACGCUUCAAUUGAGGAUAUUAAACUGUAAUUUCAACACCAUUUGUGUCAAUUGAAAAUAGCAAAUUUCCAUUGAUACGGGGUUUAAUAACGCAAAAAAACAA